AUGGAAGUGGCUCGCACAAUUUUUCCGCAACGGAUUGCGUUUUGGUAUUCAGCGUUGCAGUGUGCAAAAGGACAUGAACAUACACCCAAAGUACAAACCCUAUUGAAUACAAAGUACAAAAACAAAUACGAAUUCACUGAACGAGAAUCCAAAAACGCAAUCAUAGCCUGGUUUAUGACGCUGGACCUGACCAAAAUAAUUAAUCAGUUGCCUGCACAUCGAGACUUUGAUUAUUUGCGAGACAUUUUCAUGUUGUACUUGAUGUGCCUUUCCUUGGACUAUUUACAGAUUUGCCGUAUCAGCCAGGAUGACGCACCGCAGUUCAAAGACGACGAUCCAAAGGAGUUUUUCCAGUGGAACCACGGUAUGAGCGUGUUAUACAAGGCGGGUUUGACUCAUAACAAUUUGAGCAGACUCAAUGGAAGGUGCAUUUUCUGGUAUAGGAGGAAUAUUCGUAGAAUUUGUGGAAGUGAUUUGAACGCGAUACAAGCAGAAGUUUAUUUGAGGCAGUUUGAAGACCUGUUUGCAUCUUAA